CUUCGAAAAAGCGGCAAAAGAUGCAGCCGACCAUGAGUCGGAGGGUGGGCCUGAAUUGCCCGACGGCUCCAGACAUAACGUAUCCCUGUUCAGGUACACCGCAGAAGAGGAACGCGAUGCUGCCGUAGAAAGGAUCGUCCAGGCGGGUGACGUCAUAAUUGCCACAAAUAUUUCCGGACGGGGCACUGACAUCAAGCUUUCGGACGAGGUGGAAAAGAAUGGGGGUAUGCACGUCAGCGUUACGUUUAUUCCAAGAAACAAAAGAGUUCAGGAACAAAAUUUCGGUAGAACUGCGCGGACAGGGCUUCGGGGCACAGCCCAGUUGAUUGCGGAAGCAGAGAGAGAUGUCCCUCCAUCUUUGGGAACGGACGACGGUCGGGACACCCUGCUGCAGUGGCUUUUGGCACGACGCGACGCGCACGAGCGUAACAGCAUUCGAAACGCACCAGAAGACAUCCGGAAGACACUGAAUAAGGACAAGGUGUUUGACUCCGCUCUGGCAAUGCUUGCAGAGCUUUCGCUCGUCAGGCCGAAACCCAAACCAAACGCCCCCAAACCCGUUUUGGGAGACGAGUCCUGGAAGUCGAUAAAUCGCCUUGCCUUCGAGGAGCGGUUUGCUCUAUGGCUGCUCGCAAGGGGCGCCGCGCUCGAAGACGCAGAUGACCCCGAGGUUUUCUUUGAGGAAGAUUUUGCGAAACCCUUGCGGCAAGAGAAGGUCGGCAAAACUAGGGCCUCGUCGCCUUGUUUGCGACGACCACUAUACCCGCUCGUCACGAACCCGUACCACCUUGUCAAACAGGCAAACGAGGAGAUAAAGUCGGGGCUCUAUGAUUGCGCCUUGCUUUUGCUCUCAAAGGCGUCCGAGCUGGACGCUGAAUUCAGCGAAAACUGCAGCGGUGGUAUGUGUGUUGAGGCCCGAUACUCUCGCGGGUUCGCCCACGUCGCAAAACAUAACAAGGAGAAGCCUGAAACCGAGUCCUCGUGCGAGACCCAGUACCCAAAAGUUCUUGCUGUUCUCAAAGAAAAAAUUCUUCCACCAUUAGACGCUGUAGAUAUGUGUUGCCAUGGUGCUGGCAAUGAGCAGGGUGUCUGUAUCAAGGACCUUUUGCAUCGUCAGGUCGACCAGCAUCGUGCGAUCUAUCACGGAAUGGUGCAACAAGUACAGUCUGUCAUAGGAGAUCCGGAGGCCGAUUUUGAUAAACGAAGGGAGCGGAUUUCUGAGCAAAUAGACAAAGCUGAAGACACGCUUCGAAAAAGCCGGAAGGAACGCGCAGAGUACGACAAGAUGAGUGACGACGACCGCGUGAAAUUUGUAAAAGACAGAGGGAUAGAGAAUUCCAAGCCUACCGACGAGGACCUCCGUAAUCAUCCGCACUUAAAAACCAAGACUGGUGCUUUGCUCGCCUUCGAAGUGCACGUAGUCAUCAAAGACGACGAAAUUGCAAACGUUGAAGAACAACGCCGAGAGUUGCGCAGAUCCCGAUCCUCGCUAAGGAAAGAAAAACGACAAUGCCGCAAAGAGGAAUCCGCAGGAACCGCGCAAUCGAAAAGAGUCUUGGGGCUGCUCCGUUGGGCUCGGGAGAACAACCAGGAACUCGGGUUCAAGCGAGUUCUCGACAUUACACAAAAAGAUGGCUUCAGGUAUUUUGUCGGGCCAGACCAGGACCACUCUGAGUUUGAAGCAGUUUCGAACAUGCAUAAAAAGUGGGGGUUAAUUGGAGCGCCCGAGUUCGAGGUGUGUCCUCCGUUUGACCGGGGCGCCUUCGCAGUGUUGAUUAUUAUAGGGGUGACGCAGAUGAUUGGAGGUGCGGCUCUUGCUGUUUUUACCCUGGGCGCCGCAGCCAACUUCGGUGUGGGCCUUGUGGCAGAGGGCGUGAGCGAUAUAAUCACAGCGGUCAAGGAUAUCUUGAUCAAUCGGUCUUUCGACUGGGGUCGCUGGGGCGCGGAAAAAGCGGUAAGUCUGGUGUUGAGCCUCGUUACCGCCGGAGUGGGCGUGCUCAAAGAAGCGGCCCGAGUUGCGAACGCUGUGGUCAAGGGCACUGUGGAGUUGAGCAAGCGGACCUUAACGGAGGGCGUAAAAGUCGUGGCCCGUACCGCUUUUAAAGUGAUCAUCAACGAAGGUGUGCAAGUUCUGGCGAAAGUCGCGGUAUCGGACGGACUCAUGCCGCAUCUAAAAACUGCAAUCAAGGUGCACUUGAAAGAUAAGGUGAAAGCUUUGUUGUCAAGCUCUGCUGAAUUCGAAGCGCUGAAAGAGGCGGAUAGUGCGGCUGGAAACAGACAGAACGUGUCGAACGUUACAAAGGCUAUUGAAAGUUUGUUACGCCCGGGACAGAAUGUAAGUCAGGUCUUUCAGACUCUGGCAGGGGAAAUGGUACCAAAACAUGGACGCCCGCACCGCUCUAUCAUAUUCAUAUACAUGUGAUUGUAUCUUGGCAGGCGUUUCAGCUGCGACUUCCUAAUUAGUUUUAUUGUCGCACUUUUUCAAUGUCGGCGUAAUCUCAUUGCCAUUUGUGCAUAAUGCGCGCUGCAGCAUGUUCCUUCAUACGAUGGCUGCAGAUGACCGCUGCAUGAGGAAUACGCAUGAUCAUCAAGAUAUGUGUUUCCCAGUGCUCACUACUAAGUGAGUCUGCGAACCAACUCAGCCACCACCUCUCUAGUGCAUAUUGGAAUUUUCCAACACCAGCGAAAGGAAUUAUCUCCUUGCACCUGACUAUCAGCACACAACAGUACGCGGAAAGAUGAUUCGCUAAGAAUCAUACGUCGUACAGUUGCAGUGUGGGAGGGAGAGUUGCAGUCUCCUUUAGUCAAAACACCACAAGAAUAUCAUGAUAGAGCGGGGGGGGGGCGUUUGAGUGUAAUACGAUUUUGGAUGCGACCAGAGAGUCGCAGGAGCGCUCACGAAGCUCGGCUCGGGCUUAGCAAGUGCCACGAGACCGAGAGCCGGCGAGGCAAUACAGGCAAUAAACCUUGCGUUGACAGUAACAGAAGCCACGGCGCAGGUGACGCAAAUCGCAACGAAUCUAGAACCGCAACUGCUCAGUGUGAUUCGGACGCUGCAUGACGAGCACAAAAAGGUUCUCGAAUACGUAGAGGGACACUACCAAAGGUGCAGUGUUUUUUUCAUUUCAUCAUGAAUUGAUAUGCUAGUCGGGAAAUGCCAUUAUGAUGCUGAUGGAUAAUCAACUUUCACCAAAAUAAUUCAUUUGACGACGCUUUCGCCUAAGAAAAAGAUUUAGCAUACAAUGCGCAGCAUCACUCGAUGAUAUCAAAUGCGCAAGCAAGUGCUAAGGGGUGUACACAUCCCGGCAACGGGGUGGUAGCCCAACAUCAAGCGAUAUCAGCUGAGCGUGUGAGCCCUGCGCGGGGCGCCUGGCGACUCAGCUGCUGGGGCGUCUGCGCAACACUCCGCGUACGUGUCUCUAUUCCAAGGAAUUUUUCCUGGAUGAGUUGCGAAAUGAAGCAGACACUUAUUGCACCCGCCAGACAGGAGUAAAGAUACGAAAUCGGAUUUGUUUCAGUUUGGGGAUGGCGCGCUUGGCCUUGUAUGUCUCGCAGUUAUUGUGGUACAAUCUCGCAGAGGGCCUCCGCUUCCGCAUUUCCGAUGAUGCAGUGGCGGUGCCUGUCUGUGUUUCUCCUGACCUACUUCUUCAUUGUGAGAUAAAUCGCAGCCGAACCUUCCGACCUUUUUCAUUCCGAACCAUUUCCAUUCAAGGCAUUCUUGUGACACCAAAAAAAAAAAGUUUGGAAAAAUAGAAAAUACAAUAUACAGUGCGAGGACCAGCGUCGAGGCAGCAAAUCCGCAAGGUGAUGGGGACUCAGACCCGAUCAUACUAGCAAAUAAGAUAACCCGCGAAACGCAAAGAAGGAUUCAGGCUGAGAUAGGAGCUCCAAACGCAAGGAUGUCGGCGCAGUGGCUUAAGAAAUUGGAGCCAAACCAGAUAAAGACCUAUGUGAGUCUUGCUCAUUAUCAUGAAGAGAAAAAGGCGGGGAGGGCCGGCCACGCCGCUUGUUUGACCACAGCAUCAACUGUAUUAAGCAACCAAAACCAAAACAGUACCACUACUGGCGGAGCCGUUGAAAUCCAGUCUGUGCCGCCACCACUUUCUCCUCCUGGUCGUUGGGACGCCAAUUUUCACGCCGACGACGGACCGCAAGCGAGAGCCUCGAUAAAACGCAUGGGCCGCGGCGACGCCGAAGAGGAGCUUUCGGAGAAAGCAGCUCAGGGGGUAACAAAUAUCGUCGAGGGAGCAACGCUUGCAGUGUCGUCGACUGCUGCAAGCGCGUGGUGCGCGAAGCGCUUUAAAGAUUUUGAUGCAAAAACGAUGCAGUCUCUCGAUCAGGUGCAUUCCGUCAACCGCAUCACUGCUAAUUCCGCUUCCAGCGACAACGCCGCGCAACAGCAUGCGCAAGCACACGCGGCCGAGACCCAGGCAGCUGCAUUGGCCGGCUUAUCCAAACAAGAGCGACGCGAGGCUAAGCGCGCAAUGAAAAAAGCGGAUAUGCAAGUGGCUGGAGACGUUGCCGCCGGGCUUACGAAUGAUGGCGAAGCGGGUCUUCAUAUCAUAUGUAAAAACGUCCCCACCCCAUAGUCAAGAUGGCAAAUCUGCUACACAAAUCUCCAAGUUUUGGAAGUUGUGCAUGACAAGUGUGCCCCUGCAGUGUAGUGCUGUUUAGCAAGGGAAACUGCAUAAGUAAGCCGUUUUGUCAUCCUGUUUACAGCGUCACAAAUUUUUCCAAAACACGGUCGGAAAUAGCUCUCUUGGUGGAGCUGCGCAUUAUAAAUGUUCGCGUCAUUGCACAUUUGCGUGACAACUGGGGUGGGGACAUUUUUCCUCAGGAUACUUCAUCACCUUGGCGAGGCUGCGCACGUCGUCGGGCGACCAAUCGUCGUGCGCGACAAGAACGGAGACUACGUCACCACACUGGGAAAGGGGCUUCCCGGGGAGCCGGUAGACCUAUCGCACAGCGUGAAUGCCGAUGGAUCGGGACACUGGUCGCUAACGCGCGAGGUCCGGAACCCAAACUAUUCACCCCCUGGUCAGGCGGGAGGCGUAAAUAAUUGCGCUUUCAAUGCUAUCGCUGCUGCCGUCUACGGGGAUCAAGGUCGUGGUGGAGAACUUCGAGGCAAGACUGUGGCUGCUAUUGCGAAAUCGCCGGGCCGCAUCGCAGCUGUUGCCUCAGAUAUACGCCGCUACCAGCACUACAUGGGAGGAAACUGGAAGAAAGAAAACGGCCACUACAUGGUGCUAUCCAAAAAAUCUCCCAUGUGGACAGACAUCGUGAAAAAGGCCCGAGCAAAAAACGCUUUGUUUGAGGAUAUCGACGAUAGCAAAGUCGAAUUCAUCGAGAUUCAUUUUUCAGCGAAGGGAACCACAGGCACGGGGGCCGAUGAUUUUGGAUGUCACCUUACCGGCGUCCCUUUUUGGUCAAAGCAAACGGGCACGCACAAGAGGCACGUCAAGGAAAAGAUGCACUGCCACUACGAAGCCAACACGAAGACGCACACAGAACAUGGACGCGCUGCGGAUGCCAAGAACUACGGAAAUAAUAUAAUUGUCUACGCGCCCGCUCACAGAAUGAGCCCAAGCCAAGCUGCGAUGAAUACCGAAUGGCCGAAGCACGGCUCUCUUUAUAAUGAUAGCAGUCACCUAGCGCGCUUUCACCGAGAAAUCCUACAACAGGCGAGGCUCAAUUUAUUGAAUGGACUGCAAAAUGCCUAUGCGAACAGCAAAGGGCGUGGGAAGCCGCCAUACCCGAUGGGUCCCGAUCCAGAUGGAAAGGUGAUUGGAUUUCCGAAAACCAAAGCAAUUGCGAAGCAUGCGGCGAACAUCUUCGGAGCUAACCCCAACGCGUUUCUCGGAGACCGGAACGCCAAAGAUGCAAUUUUUUUUCUAAUGCAACACAUGGAGGACGGCCGGUUUUUAAACCAGCCUGUCGGAUUCUGGAAACAGGUCCAAGGACAACGUCGGUAAGCUGCAACUCAAUCUGGGAUGGGCUUUCCGGUGCUCGCCCCUCCUUCAGGGGUGUCCAUGUGGCGAGAGGUGGUCGUUGAUAUAUAUGAAUAUCAUUCCUGCGCGAGGUCCCGCUCCACGGCUAUCGCUAGCUCUUAGCAAUGUCGGAGUAUGCAGCAACGAAUAUUUUGUCUUUUCGUGAGUGCAACCGCACCCUCAUCAAGUCUUCUUCUCGGAAUACUCGCACGAUUAGCGAUACGAGUCUAUGAUCGCUAUUUUUUUUUCCCCUGAUCGGCGUAAUGCUUCAUAAAUUCAAUUUGUGAAUUGUUCUCCGAUUGCUUGGGGUUUCGUUACUAUGUACAAUAUUUUUUUGGGCCAAGGCUACUACUCUGGAACAUGUGUUUUGCCUGCACGUUUUGCAUUUUUUCGUCUCAAAACGCAUUGCAAAAAUCGUAGAGGCCACACUAGAAAGCAUGUAUCGACCACCUGUACAAUGUCACUACUCAGAGUAGAGUUGUUUUAGUUUUUUCCUUGAGAAGAUUUAUUUUAGAUACAAAUGACCAACUUCAAUACUUGGUUGAAGGAAUUGAUAUACGCUGCUUCUGAAAGAGAAAGACCCAGUUUCCAAUAACAAUGAACACGUCGUCAGCAUCUAGAUAGAUCCAUAGCCAUACGAUUGGCAAUUCAUCGUAUGAGGAAGAUUUUAUCUAUCUUCCUGUCUGCACAAGCCAACGCAUUAUAUAGUGGAGGACCGCCUCAUGAUCUAGCGUGGAGAGUUUUCAAAUCACUAUGAAUUGAGUUCUACAAUGGACAAUUCAAAUUCUUGUGCCUGAGUGCUAGUUUCCAUCUUGCCAUGCAUGCUCAGCUUUUGCUUGCGCAUAGCAUGUGCUGCGCUUACUUACACGUAUGCUACUGCUACACAAAGAUCAGUUUCAGUUUCAACCUUUGGAAAAUGUAGUGAGAACAGUCUAUAGUUCCUUUUUUCUGCAUCCCAAGUGACAUACAGGAUAUCAAAUUGUGGACAAUUGCAGUGGUUUUCUUGAAAUUAGAGUCCCUGUGGUCCAUAGAGGCAGAAGUUGAGGUAUUUCUGAUCAUUAUGCCAACGCCUCCCGUGGAAUAUGAUUUUUGAUUCGCCGCCUAAGAAGACAAGUACUUGACGUGAACAAGUAUGCGCAAAGCAACUCGCGGUGAUUUUGAGGCUUCAUCCGGAGAUCAACCGUGAAGGAUUGUGACGCG